AUGACAAUGCUUUUUCGUUGGCUCACUGGUAAUCCGAUACCUCCGAUAAGAAAAUCUGACGUCUGCCGUCCACUCAAUAGAUGCCGUGAUGAUCGUGAAAACGGCGUGAACGGAACGACGACGAUACGAAGAAGGCUCGGUAAAACGCUGAGAUUCACCAGUGGGUAUAUCCGAUCUAUCGUUGCCGCUGUGCUUGAUCACGUGUCGGUUUAAGGUUAACCAAUGACACAUGCGAGCAGCGGCCAGUUCAGCGCCAGUUGAGUAACGGCCUUCUACUUACCUGGAUGUCGCUCGUCAUCCCGCGAAUUGAGCAAUUGGAAAGUAAUGGGACAUUAACGUGCUGGGAAUUAGACGGAACCGUAUCUUCCUUCGAUUGAAAAACAAAUAAAUAAAUGAAACUAUCAUGGAUGGGAAAGUGAAGGCAGAGAAGAAGAAGAACCCUCGGGAAGGCGCAAAUCCUCUCAGUACAUUAACAUUUGCAUGGAUUCUACGUACCUUUUGGAUAGGUUAUCGUAAGGACUUAGAAGUAGAAGAUUUAUACAAACCUCUUAAAGAACAUAAAAGUAGUAAUUUAGGUACAAAGAUUUCAAAAGCUUGGGAAAAAGAACUUGAGGCAUAUGAAAAACGCAAGCUGCUUAGUGAAGCAAAAAAUAAUAACAAGUAUGAUGUGAAGAAUGUCAAAAAACCUAGUUUGACAAAAGUCCUUAUCAAGUGUUUUGGUCUUAAGCUAAUGGGAUAUGGACUAAUUCUAGCUGUUUUUGAAAUUUCACUUAGAUUGUCACAGCCCACGUUUCUUGGUCUUCUAAUUCGUUACUUCAAACAGGCAAAACUUAAACGCUAUGUUCCUAUAUAUAGUGAAUUAUUGCCUACAACCAGCAAUUCAUCUGAAUUUCAUGAAAAUGAAGAUGCGACGAGAUCGGUAUUACAGCCGAUAUUUCUUGGUAAACUAUUGAAAUAUUAUAGUGACAGAGACAUAACAAAAACUGAAGCCUAUUUGUACGCUACUGGCGUGGUAUUAUGUUCAGGAUUGUUAAUAUUCGUUAUUCAUCCAUACAUGAUGGCCAUACUUCACAUGGGAAUGAAAAUGCGUGUGGCCUGUUGUUCCUUGAUAUACAGGAAAGCGUUAAAGCUUUCUAGGACUGCAUUGGGCGAAACAACAGUGGGUCAAGCGGUAAAUCUAUUGUCCAACGAUGUGAAUAGAUUUGAUAUAGCGAUUAUAUUUUUACACUAUUUAUGGAUUGGACCGCUCGAGACCAUUAUCAUUAUGUACUUCAUGUAUACAGAAGUUCAAGAAUCCGCUUUUAUCGGAGUCGCACUGCUUCUGAUGUUUGUACCCUUGCAAGGGUAUUUGGGUAAAAAGACCUCUAUCUUGAGAUUAAAAACUGCUAUCAGGACAGAUGAAAGGGUUCGAUUAACAAAUGAGAUUAUUAGCGGUAUUCAGGCAAUUAAGAUGUACACCUGGGAGAAGCCUUUCAGUGCUCUAGUUGAAAGAGCAAGAAGAAAAGAAAUCAACGUUAUCCGAGCCACAUCAUUAAUUAGAGGUGUCACCAUGUCUUUCAUUAUGUUCAGUACUAGAAUAGCAUUGUUUAUUACUAUAUUAGCUUAUAUAUUAUACGAUCACAAAAUAACUGCCGAGAAAGUGUUCAUGUUGACGGCAUACUAUAAUAUUUUACGUCAGACGAUGACCGUCUUCUUCCCACAAGGAAUAACACAGAUAGCGGAGGGGAUGGUUUCUAUAAAACGCCUGGAGAAUUUUAUGAUGUACGAGGAGAUCGAGCCCCGCAAUAAAAUGAAGAAAAGCGAGCAAGGGGACUCGGAGAAAACCAAGACGGACAUCAAUGGUAUAAGCAGAGAAAGUAACGACACGAGAAACGAUGGGAACAAUGCAGACAAUAACCAAGAAGAUUACUGCAUGUCUUUAAAGAAUAUUAGCGCCAAGUGGAUAAGCAACGAUAGCGAAGAUACGUUGAAGAAUAUCAACAUCAAUUUGAAGGGGGGCGAGUUGCUCGCUAUCGUUGGCCAAGUCGGUGCUGGCAAAAGCAGUUUACUUAAUGUUAUAUUAAAGGAGUUACCCGUGUACAACGGUUCUGUGCAAAUAAACGGCAAGAUAGCGUACGCCAGUCAAGAACCGUGGUUAUUUGCCGGCUCGGUUAGACAGAAUAUCCUGUUCGGUAAGCCGAUGGAUCAGUUCCAAUACGAUCGUGUCAUCAAGGUCUGUCAGUUAAAGAGAGACUUCAGUUUGUUGCCUUACGGUGAUAAAACGAUCGUUGGCGAAAGGGGCAUCAGUUUAUCGGGCGGACAGCGCGCCAGAAUUAACUUGGCCAGAGCGGUGUACGCUGAAGCUGAUCUGUACUUAUUCGAUGAUCCGUUGAGCGCCGUCGAUGCCCACGUGGGCAAACACAUGUUCGACGAAUGUAUCGACAAACACUUAAGAGGCAAGACGAGAAUACUCGUCACGCAUCAGUUACAGUAUUUACAGAACGUCGACAAGGUAAUCGUGCUGAAGGACGGAGAAAUAUAUGCGGAAGGUACUUACGAUGAACUUACUAAAAUGGGAGUAGAUUUCGGGAGGUUGGCGUCAAAUCAAGAAGCCGAGGAAGGGGAACGAGCACCGUCCGCUCCUCCGAGCAGAAGCAACUCGAGGAACGCGAGUAUCACUUCGUUGAAGUCAUAUGUCAGUGACGAGAAGGAGGAAUUGGAUCCGAUAGAGGUGGCCGAAACGCGAACAAAGGGCAAGGUAUCCGGCCAGGUUUACUCAGGAUAUUUCAAGGCAGGUGGAAACUGGUGUAUCAUAUUUAUGGUGCUAUUUUUAUGCGUGCUGGCGCAGCUAGCUGCGAGCGGUGGUGAUUACUUCAUCUCACAGUGGGUCAAUAUGGAAGACAAAUACGUAAACGUGACAGAGAAUGGCACGACGGUAAUGGACAAGGAUUAUUCUAAUACUCGCGAUAUCUCCAUAUACGUGUACAGCGCUUUGACCGUCUUAACGGUAGUCGUCACGCUGGUACGUUCGUUCACGUUUUUCACGACAUGCAUGAAAGCAUCUGUCAAGUUGCAUGAUCAGAUGUUCCGAUGUAUCAGUCGCGCGACCAUGCGUUUUUUCAAUACGAACAAUUCAGGCCGUGUACUUAACCGAUUCUCGAAAGACAUGGGUGCUAUAGACGAGCUGCUGCCUCUCGCUUUAAUCGACUGUAUACAAAUCGGCCUCACUCUCCUCGGGAUUAUAGUGGUGGUAGCUAUGGCUAACGUUUGGCUAUUGAUACCUACAGCGGUGAUAGGAAUUAUCUUCUAUUAUCUUCGUGUGUUCUACUUGUCGACCAGUCGCAGCGUGAAGCGUCUCGAAGGAGUCACUCGAUCGCCGGUGUUUGGACAUCUAAACGCGACAAUGCAAGGAUUGCCGACGAUUCGUGCAUUCGAAGCGGGUGAAAUCCUGACGAGGGAGUUCGAUCAUCAUCAGGAUUUGCAUUCGUCCGCGUGGUUCAUCUUUAUAGCGACCUCGAGAGCCUUCGGAUUCUGGCUCGACCUCUUCUGUGUUAUUUACAUCAUUUUGGUUACAUAUAGCUUCCUGAUAUUAGACAAAACUCUCGGCGAGACUCUUGGCGGCAACGUGGGCUUGGCUAUAACGCAGAGUAUCGGGUUGACUGGCAUGUUCCAGUGGGGUAUGCGGCAGAGUACCGAGCUGGAGAAUCAGAUGACAUCCGUUGAGCGAGUGUUGGAGUACAGUAAAAUAGAGAGCGAGCCACCGCUGGAGAGCACGCCAGACAAGAAGCCUAAGGAAACGUGGCCCGAGGAGGGUAGGAUCGAGUUCAAGAAUCUGUCACUGCGAUACGACCCCGCGGAGGCACCAGUGUUGAAGGGUCUGAACUUCACGAUCUACCCGCGAGAAAAGAUCGGGAUCGUCGGUAGAACCGGAGCCGGAAAGUCCUCGUUGAUCUCGGCGUUGUUCCGCUUGACUAACCUCGAGGGCGUGAUCGAGAUCGACGACGUGAAGACCAACGAGAUAGGCCUCCACGAUCUGCGCCGCGAGAUCAGUAUUAUACCCCAAGAGCCGUUCCUGUUCUCGGGCUCGCUGCGCAGGAACUUGGAUCCCUUCGAGGACUACAGCGACGACGUGCUCUGGCUGGCGUUGGAGGAAGUCGAGCUGAAGGAAAUGGGCUUGGAAGCGCACAUCAACGAGGGCGGCUCUAAUCUCAGCGUGGGCCAACGUCAGCUCGUGUGCCUGGCUCGGGCCAUCGUCAAGAACAAUCCGAUCCUCGUGCUCGACGAAGCCACGGCGAACGUGGACCCGCGCACCGACGAACUCAUUCAAAUCACCAUCCGCAAGAAGUUCGCGAAGUGCACGGUGCUGACUAUCGCCCACAGACUUAACACCGUCAUGGACAGCGAUCGCAUCUUGGUGAUGGACGCCGGCUGUGCAGUGGAAUUCGACGCCCCUCACGUAUUACUGCAGAAGAGCACUGGGUUCUUAAAGAGUAUGGUCGGCGAGACUGGUCCGGCGAUGGCGGAGGCAUUGAAAGAAAUCGCCCGCGAGAGCUACAUGAACCGCAUGUCGACUGACCUUUGAUUGUCGCACAGGGAACUGUGUUAGGUCCGAUUACUUAUAAACUGUAGCUUUUAAUCUUUUAAACAAAUAGUCUUCUUUUUCUAUGGAUAUCCCCGAACCGGGGAUACACAAUCUGAUUGCAAUUCGUCGUUUUCGAGUUCUUCACGGUGGCCGAUCGCGUCGUCCUCCUGGAUACAGUAUUAUCUCGUAGACUUUUUUAACAGGUUCGAUGUCUUUACUCUGGUAAACUGUAUAGCCUUCGAGUGCCGUCCCGCGAUUUCCUAGACUCGAGUGUGCAGCGUAUUGCACACUACUUUCUUUUUUUUUGUACACUACGCGACACGUACAUUCGCGGAUAUACAUACACACAGAGCGUGAACUAAGCGGAACUAACUCAUUCAUUUUAUACACGUGCGUUUACGCAGGAUUAUCUUAUCGCGUGCGCGUCGGUGUUAUUACAAUACGAAAAGGAAAGAAUUGUACUUGAGUCGAGAGUCCAACUGAUUUUAUUUCCUAAAAUAGAGUUAACGUUGUACCGACGCGUGCUACGUCGAAACGGUUUCCAUCGAGACACACCGGUGUACAAGGCUUAUGUACAUAAUCGUCGAGGAAUCACUCCGAGCUCCGGUCCUCUCGUGUUUCCCAGUCGAGUGUUUCCGAAUCGGUCGCGGGACGCGAGUCUUCUUUCACUUCUCUCUUUUCCUUUUGUUUUUUGUAACGCGAGCGAGAAACAGUUGGCCAGUUAUAGUUUUAUACUGCGUCGAACGUCGAAGAGAUUCUCCUUUCUACACUUGCAGUGUCUGUGAGAGGGACUUAGGGUAGUCCUCUCAUGCGCGUACACGACCAGAUUAUGGUGCUAUUACAACUCUAGUUCGUCGUAUGAACGUGCACCGUAUGCUCGGACGAGAAACAAUUGCCUUACGUACAAGUGCCUAUGUAAUUUAAUUGUUAUAAAAUGAAAAAUACAGAUGCGGAGCAUCUAUAUGCGUCCAGAACGUUAACGCAG